CUCUCGAUGUGCGCCUUUUCAUUCCGUUCUGCGCUCUGAGUGCGCGCGCCGUCCUGCAGUGCCCCAUGUCAUCUCAUAAAAUCCUCUUUUUAUUUCAUCUCUGCUAACAUCACUAGUUCCGUUCUGUGUGUUUCCUCGGUGUCAGUUUGCACGAUUAACGUGCAGUUAGGACAUCAGGAUCAAUGGCGCGCAAUGGACACAUAAUAACCGCUGUACUGUGCGCACUUUGGGCAGCGAGCAUCGCUCAAGAUGCUUCACGACAGUCAUUCAGAGUAUGUCCGGUGGAUUUGUUCUUCGUGUUGGACACCUCUGAAAGUGUGGCUCUCAGGGCCAAUCCACCAGAUUUCUUCAUCAACCAAAUCAAGACCUUCACGAAACGUUUCAUCGAUGAACUGAAAGACAUGCGUCAACCGUGUGAUCGUGAUGUGACAUGGAACUCUGGAGCCCUUCAUUACAGUGACGACACUGAGCUUGUGAUGGGACUGGUUGACCUGAACACAAAGCGUGCUGACCUGAAAUCUGCCAUAGACAGAAUCAAAUACAUUGGCAAAGGAACGUACACUGACUGUGCCAUCAAGGAGGGCAUCUCUGAACUGCUCAGAGCGGGCUCCCACUAUCAUGAGAAUAAGUACAUUGUGGUGGUGACGGACGGGCACCCUCUGACCGGGUACAAGGAGCCAUGUGGCGGAAUCCAGGAGGCCGCAAAUGAGGCUCGACAGCACGCCAUUAAAGUGUUUGCUGUGGCCAUCUCACCUGACCAGGAGGACACCAGACUGUCAAUCAUUGCCACAGACCAGAACUACAGACAGAACUUCACCGCCGCAGACAAAUCCCGUUCCACACAAAUCAGCACCAUACGCACCAUCAUCAACAUGAUUACCAACGAAACGAAGGAUGUGUGCUGCUCCUUUGACUGCAAUGCCCCAGGAGGCCCUCAGGGACCCUCUGGAGAACCAGGAUUCAGAGGAGAUACGGGAAGACCAGGAAUGCCGGGAGAGAAAGGAAAUGUCGGCGUUCAGGGAAGUGCUGGUGAUCCCGGUCCAGUCGGUUACCAAGGAAUGAAGGGAGACCAAGGAAUAAGAGGCCAUAAGGGAGAUCGAGGUCACCGAGGCUUCAAGGGAGAGAAAGGAGAGCGGGGGCUUGAUGGCACCGAUGGACGUAAGGGUGAGCCCGGGUUUGCUGGUCUUCCAGGCUGCAAAGGGUCACUUGGGCCAGAUGGCUUGCAGGGAGAACCAGGUCCUAAAGGAGACCACGGACAAUAUGGACGCAAAGGAGAGAGAGGAGAUCCUGGCAGAGAUGGUGACCCGGGAAGACCUGGUAACUAUGGACCCUCAGGGGACAAGGGAGAACAGGGUCCUCGUGGUGCCAAUGGUGAUAAAGGCGAGAGAGGAGAUGACGGGAUACCAGGGGCAAAUGGGCCACCAGGAGACAGAGGCACACCUGGUGAGAAGGGUGAACAAGGUUCCCGUGGCAACAGAGGGCCCAAAGGUGAACCUGGGGAGCCGGGCCCGGGAGAGCAGGGACGUGAGGGAUCAUCAGGGCCGAAUGGAGACCCGGGUGAGCCAGGAAGAGAUGGCACAGCUGGUUACCGUGGUGAUGAGGGUCGAACCGGGACAGAAGGGCCUAAAGGGCCCAGAGGAAUCAAAGGGGCCCCAGGAGACAGAGGCCUGAUGGGAGAGAGGGGUGCAGACGGACCACCAGGAAAUGGAACCGAGGGUUGCCAUGGUUUCCAGGGUUAUCCUGGACCGAUGGGAGACCCAGGAGCACCUGGUGGAAAAGGAACUCCUGGACCCAAGGGAGAUGACGGAGAACCAGGUGAUCCUGGAUUAGAUAACAACAGGUCUGGACCACCUGGAGCUAAAGGAGCUAAAGGGCACAGAGGACCUGAAGGAAGACCUGGACCAAUAGGACCUCCUGGGCCUGCAGGAGCAGAUGAAUGUGAGAUUCUGGAUAUCAUUAUGAAGAUGUGCUCUUGUUGCGAAUGCAAGUGUGGACCCCUGGAUAUCGUGUUCAUCGUGGACAGCUCUGAGAGUAUCGGGGCUUCCAACUUUGCCAUCGCGAAAGACUUCAUCGUAACUGUGAUAGACAGGCUCAAGUUCCGACAGUUUGGUGCCAAUGAGUCUCGUGUUGGCGUGGUGCAGUACAGUGGUGCCAGUGCUCAGGAGGUCGUACAGCUUGGUGACCCCAACAUUAAGACCCUGACGGACCUAAAACAAGCGGUGAAAGAGUUGCACUGGCUAGCUGAAGCUACAUACACUGGAGAAGCUCUGCAGUACUCGCUAAAUAACAUGAUUAACAAGCUUGUGACGGAGAGGAGCGUGGUCAUUGUGCUCACUGAUGGACGCUCGGACACCAGUAGAGAUAAAGUGCCUCUGAACGUGUUGUGUGGCAAAGGACUAAAGGUUGGCGGUGUUGGCGUGAGUGAUUAUUCAGAACGGCGGCCCAAUCAGGAACAGCUGGACAAUGUGGUGUGUAAAGAUGAUCCCAGAGAAGGCUUCUCCUUUGUCCUGAACGACUUUGGCCUGCUUUUGGAUGAUGGCUUCCUGCAAAACCUGACCGAGAGAAUCUGCGAAGACAAGAAAUGCCCCAAUUAUACUUGUCCAAUUUCUUUUAGCGACAACACAGAUGUCCUCGUCAUGAUGGACAGCUCAGCCAGCGUGGGCUCCAAGAACUUCCAGAUGACCAAGAACAUGGCACGGAUGCUGGCCAAGCGCUUCCUUUCGGCAGAAAGGCGAGGGUUCCAGGUGCGGAUCGGCAUCGGCCAGUACAGUAACAAUGCCAACUUGGAGGCAGAAUUCUCCUCAAACGCCACCCAGGUUCUCGCUCAGAUCGCAGAGGCCAAGUUCCAGAACGCAGGUACGCAGCUGACAAACGCGCUCACUUUCGCCAUCGAGCGCUUCAGGGGCGGCAGGAACAGGAAGAAGAAGCUGCUGGUGUUUUCCGACGGCCGUUCCCAAGGCAUUAACACCGUCCAGAUCAAGAAGGCCGUGGAGCAGGUGAGCAACGCUGGCAUUGAGCUGUACGUCUUGGCCGUCGGAAAUCAGGUGAACGAGGCGCAUCUGCGCACCUUGGUGAGCCGCGGCCGGCCCUACGACAACACGUACGCCUACCGUCAUCUGUUUAAAGUGCCUGACUACCGCACGAUGGUCGCCGGCGUCUUUUACCAAACUGUCUCCCGUAAGAUUUCUCUGGACUGAGGCAGAAAAGGGCAUCUUGGGAGCCAAAAGGAGAGGGGCUGAUAUGCUAGUGGGAGGGGCAAAGGUAGGGGGCGUGUUCACAAAGUGGGUGGAGUUCAGUAUAGCACACGCUUUGUUGCCAUUUCUUGUCUUUUUUUUUAUUCUUUUUUUUUUUCAUGUGUUGUAUCUGAACUUUAAAGGUUUAGUUUUAGUUUUAUUGAUCGUGUCAAUGGAUGAUGCUUUGGUCAUAUUAGGAUGUGUUUUAAUGCUUAUGACUGUAUAGAGUUUGCUGUUUAAACGGCUGCUUUCCAAAGAUUAGAAUUUGUGCAAUAAUGUUUCCCAUGUUUAGGCCACAAAAUGUUCUUUUUCAAUGGUCCGGAGCUGCUAUAUCGGUGAUGAAGUGUUUAAUUUAAAGUUUAAAAACCAAAGCAAUAUUGAUAUAUCUUGCUAUCAGGGUCCAAAAUGAACACACACACACACACACACACACACACACACACACACAAAAUAUUUUAGCAUAUUUUUAAUAUUUACGCAUUUAAAUAAAUAAUCUGUCAAAUUGAAAUGUUCAAUUUUUUAUAAAAAUAAUUAUAAUGUGUUUUAAAGAUUAGUCAAUUCAAUUUUGAUGGAAUACUGUUAUAAAAUGUAAUUGCGCAACUCUUAAUAUAUAUAUAUUAGUGUGAAAAAUCCACCUAUCAAUCAAUCAAUCAAUUCAGUCUGCUGUUUGGUCCAAUUUAUGUAACAAUAAACAGCUUGUUCAUUUGUCAUGGGUGCAAAAAAAUUAUCUUUCAGCAAAAUACAGUUCCAAGUAAUAUUUAGUGAUGGUUCAUUCACCACCCAUUGUUAGGUGUAAUUAAAAGGUAAUUGUUAAUUUUGGUAAAGUGUAAAGUUGCUCACCUAAUUUUUCUUCCCAAGCAAUUCUUUAAUUAAUUGCAUUCAUCUGUCGUACAGUUUAUUUUAAGCGUUACUAGUAAAACUUGAAUACAGAUUUGGUGCUACUAAUUUAAACUUCUGUAGUUAUUCAAAUGCACAACACGUUUCUUCUAAAUAGUUUUUAUACAUUGUUAAACCAAUACAUUUUGACUAAUAGUAGUUUUAUACAUGUGAGAAUGUAUUUCAGAGCAGCCCAAGGACUGUUGUAAAGGUAUAUAAAAUAAAGGAGUUUACAC